GAUGAAUCACUUUGAGCCGAAAUGUGUUUGCCCUCCUCCUUGCCCAAAGAUGAUGAAACCAGUUUGUGGAACCGACGGACGAAAUUACGACUCACCCUGUCAUUUAAUAAGGCACGCCUGCAGGAAGGGUUUAGACCUGGCAGAGGCGUAUAGUGGUCAAUGUAACCCUGACAGUGCAGCCUGCCAAACAGUUAAAUGUCCAUAUAACGGAAUUUGUAUAUUGGAAUAUUCGGGAACCAAAUGCGUCUGUCCAACCUGUACAAACGAAACUCGAUGGGUUUGCGGUUCGGACCAUGUAGAUUAUAGAAAUGAAUGCCAAUUGAAGAGAUAUAGUUGCCUAAAUAGAAAAAACGUUCGAGUCGCAAAUUUUGGGCGAUGCGACAAAUGUACUUUAGGCUUAAAAAAGUGUAAAUUUGGUGCAAUAUGUCAAACCAGACAAGGAAAAGCAAAAUGCAUUUGUCCGCAAAAUUGCCCAAAUAUUAUAGCUCCUGUUUGCGGGUCUGAUGGGUUUAUUUACGACAACGAGUGCAAAUUAACCGCCGAGGCUUGCCGACAGCAAAGUAAUAUUACAGUUUAUUCACAAGGGACUCUAGGCUGCGAAGGAUGCAGAAACGUCAAAUGCGAUUACUAUGCACAUUGCCGAAAUGGUGAAUGUAUUUGUCCAAAUUGCGAUGGGCAUGGCGUUGAACCUGUUUGCGGAUCUGAUAAUAAACAAUAUGAAAACAAAUGUAUUUUGGAAAGAUUAGCCUGUCACGAAAGACGAAGAUUAACGGUUGAAAUUGAUGGUCCUUGCGAGGAUGAAUUUAGCGGAGAGGGCUCCGGUAGCGGCCCAGAGUGUAAAGAAGAUCAUUGUUACUAUGGAAGAUGCGAGGUUGUUAAUGAUGAAGAUACUUGCAUCUGUAAAGAAGCAGAAAUCUGUAGCGAUAUAGAUAAGAAUCCAUUUACGAUUUGCUUAUCUAAUGGUACAAUAUUAAAUAGUUGGUGUCAGCUUAGAAUUGAAAGUUGUAAGUCUGGUAUUGAAUUGAAACAUCGACCAAAGGAGGAAUGCGAUGUAAGAUAUAAAGAUACAGAUUCCAAAUAUUGUUAUGGCAAAGAUGUUCCCGUUUUACCCAAUGGAGAAUUCCAGAAAUGUCGUCUAGGAGAAGAUUGCCGCCAAGGAUUACAAUGCCAUUUCCUUUCUGGUAUUAAAAGCCACGGAUAUUGUUGUCCAGAUGAUUCUGAUUCGUGGGAAAAAGAUUAUGAUGUCAAUGUUGCUGAUCAAGUAAUAACUGAUAUGGACUGCCAAGGUUGGAAAUACGGCUGCUGCCCCGAUGGAACAUUUGCAACAGGCCCAAAUAAAAAGGGUUGUAAUCCAGAUAACUGUCGUUGCAAUGAAUUAGGAGCGUAUUCCAUUGCUUGCAACAAUAGAGGCGGUUGUAACUGUAGGACUGGUGUCGGAGGAAAGUUGUGUGAUAGAUGCGAAUCCGGCUACUGGGGUCUAUAUUUGAUUAAGGAUGGAGCUGAUGGUUGUAAGCCAUGCGACUGUUCUGGUGGAGCGGCCAGAGACGAUUGCGAUCAACAAACUGGAAAUUGUACAUGUAAAGGGGGAAUGUCUGGAGCAAAGUGUAACAUUUGUCCUGACGGUAAAAAAUAUGACGAAAAAACCGGAUGCAGUAAAUUAGACAACAGAUGUGAUUGUCAUCCCUUCGGUAAAUGUGUACCAGAAACGGCUUCUUGCGAAUGCCCUUGGGACUGCGACGAUCAUCGAAAAGGGCACAGAGUUUGUGGAACCGAUAGUAAAACGUACGACGAUAUUUGCCAGUUGAAAUUUACCGCAUGUCGUCUUCAUUCUAAGCUGAAUUUGCGAUCGAUGGGUCCCUGUCCAAGCACUAAUAAGAGGACAACAAGACAAUUGAGGGUAACGAGGGAGAGCACACUAAAAACAACUGAAAGUCCGAUUAUAAUUUCCAAGUCAAAUGAACCUUGUAACCAUGACGAUGACUGUGGCAGAUUGGCCCUUUGUGAGAACCAAGUUUGUAAAUGUUUAUAUGAACUGAUGGAGGUUAACAAUCAAUGGCUAUGUACAAAAGACGCUUGGGACGAUUCUCCAGCUUUUAAUGAAAAUAGCUAUAUGAAAUUGAAGUGGCCGGCAUCAAUUUCAGAUUCUGUUACUAUAAAAAUGAGCUUUAAAAGCUUUAACGAUGACGCAUUGUUACUUUUCGGUUUCGAUCAUCAAAAGCCUUCAGCCGACUUCAUUAAGAUUACCAUUGAAAAAAGACAUAUUGUGUUUACCUUAGACGUUGGAGCUGGACCGGAAGUGUUUCGAAUGAAAACUAAAAUACUCAAAGGUGUUAAACAUCGCCUACAAAUUGCAAGAAAUAGGAAGCGGGUUCAUAUGCUAUUGGACGAUAGUGAAAAAGAGUUUGAACUAAAGAAAAGCGACUAUACUGUACUGAGCGUUGACAAUCACUUUUUCCUUGGAGGGCUUAAACAUAAAUUACCGUCGAAAAUGAAAAAUCGGCUCGGAUCAUGGGUCGGUUUCGUAGGAUGUGUAUACGAUUUGAAAGUAAAAGGUUCCCAAGGUACGAAAAUUGAAUAUAACCUGGAAAUGGGAUCAAAUCAUAUUCACGACGAGAAAAACAUAAUGAAGUGCAGAGAGCACGGCUGUUCAUUAUUACCAUGCAUGAAUGACGCUAAAUGUCGUCAUGAUCCUAUAAAGCCGUAUCCCUACGCUUGCGAAUGUUCACCGGGUUAUAGUGGUAGAACAUGUGAAAUUUUAGAUUUGAAACCGUGCGCAAGUAAUCCUUGUCAAAAUGGUGGACUAUGCGAAGAGGUUAACAAUGAAUUCAAGUGUAUAUGCCCAAAAGAUAGAACGGGAAUAACCUGCGAAGUCAAAAAUGAAAUAACAUCACCAAGUUUUGAUGGGAAAUCUCUCAUAGUCUUGAAAUUAAAUGAUAGGAUUAUGAGAACUUAUUUUAAAUAUGAAAUUAUUUUUAGACCAAAAGCGGAAACUGGUGUUCUUUUGUAUUGUGGGGCAAGUAAUAGCUCGAAAAGUACAGAUUUCUUUUCGGUCGUUCUAGAAGAUGGAUACGUGGUCUUCCGAUUUCAGCUAGGUUCCGGUGUUACCUUAGUUACCUCUAAAGAAAAAGUAUUGAUGAAUGAUUGGAACAGAUUAAUGUUUCAAAGGGAUAAGAAACAAGGAUGGAUGGAACUUAAUUCUAUAAGAUCCUAUAAUAAAUCGACUAAAAAGUCUGAAGAUAUGAACGUCGAUGGAAUCUUCUAUGUUGGUGGUAUAGAUAAGAAAAUGUCUCCCGAAUCGGGUGUAAAAUAUGGUUUUAUAGGUGCCAUUCAAUCGUUAGAAGAUACUUACGGAACAAAGCAUAAUCUAGUGAAAGAGGCUUUAAAAAUUCAAGGAAUUACUCAAUCGCCCGACGAUCCAUGCAAUAACUCACCUUGCAUGAACCAAGGAAAAUGUAUAGCGGAGAUGGCUUUAUUUAUAUGUAAAUGUACGGUCGAUUACGGAGGAAGACUAUGUCGAGAGAGAAGAUACCAUCCCGACAAACCUGUUAAGUUUCAUGGGAAUUUAUUUUUGAAGUUAUUAAAUAAUGGAACAAAAAAGAUAAAAGCGCAAGAAAAAAAUCAUAUAUCAUUAAUGUUAAGGUCAACAGCUGAAGAAGGAAUAAUUCUCGUAUCGAAGAAGAUAUUUAGUAUCUCUGAAGAUUAUUUAUUGUUAUAUCUUUCUAGAGGCUAUUUACAGCUGGCCUAUAAUCUUGGAAAGAACAAUCAUAAGAAUAUUUUUACUCUUAAAUCAAACUCAUUUGUAAGCGAUGGAUACUGGCAUAAUAUUACACUAAUAAGAAAACAGAGAAAGGCUACUGUUCAAGUUGAUGGAACUUAUGUUAUUGAGGGUUCAUGUGAUCCUGGUAGAACUCAAUUAAAUACCGAUGGCUUCCUAUGGUUUGGAGGUUUACCAAAACCUUUGAAAUAUUCUCAUACUAAAGACGGAUUUGUAGGAUGUCUUAAAGACGUUGUUAUAGAAGGUAAAGAGGUCCUUUUAUCUCACGCCGAGAACGCUGCGUCUUUAAAUUUGGAAUAUUGUGAUUAG